CGUGGAAGUGUUGGACCUAAACCCAUGCGCCGUCCGCACCACGGUGCUGCGCUACCUGGGCACAGGUGGCUUCACUUACGACGAGGCUGCCAGCUGGUGCAAGAAGUUCACAGGCAUUUUACCAUUUGCCAACCACUCUGAAAUAAAGAGCAUGAAGGAAGCGCUGACUGCGGUGCGAUCUGAUGUGGUCUUGUGGGUGCAAGGAAAGUCCCGGAACAACACGUGUUCCGCGUCCAUUCGUUACGAUUUGAGCAACGAGACGCACGUAGAAGUGGACUGCGACAGUAAGAUGAAGAAGAUGCUGGUGUGCCAGAUUCCAGAGAACGCUUCCUUCACUAUGCUUGGUGAAAGAAUGGACUCUUUCGGCAAGUUUUACUUGGUUAGAGACGGAUUCCAGAGCGUGUACCGCACUCGGUACAGGGAUACCAUUGCCCUGAACAGCGAGAACACCGAGUAUCAGAUCAACAAGUCCGGUAAAAUAUUGUUCUCAGCAGCCAUGCAAGUCCUGGAUGUUCCUAUGGGAAGGUUUAAGUCCCACAGGCCAGACGGUCCAGAGGAUGAACAGGAGACUGUCAUCUCAGCCUGCGCAGAGGUACGUUGA